AUGAGGAUAGAGGAAGCUUCUUCUGUGUCCAUGGGAUCAUCAUCUUCAGUUUCUGAUUCAUCCUGUGACAAAGAGGGAUUUCAGUGCGAGAAAGAAAUUGAAGUAGCGGUGACGGCGAAGGAGGAGGAGAGAGAGGAGUUGGGGGAAGGUGCGGCGCCGGCGUCGAGUGUCGCCGGUGGUGGAAAGCCGCUGGGGCGGUGGCGACGUGCGGCGUGCGGCGGAGGGGCGAGGGCCGACUGCGGCGGCGCGCUGGAGGUGGAGACGGGGGAGGUGGUGCUACCUCUCCCGACCACCGCCGCCGUUACACACGACUCCUAUUACCCUGCUACCUCUCCCAAAAGACACGCUGCAAACUCCUCGUCGCUGACCACCGUCACCCGUUGCCGUAUAGCCCGCCCCAACACUGCUACUGCCCUGCUACCUCUCCAUAAAAGCAACAUCCAUGGAGAUCAGCUAGGCGAGCACGGUGUGCUGCAAUUGAUCAGCGCCUCCGACCGUGGCUGCCGACGCUACGACGGAGCAUCGCGCGCGCCCGUCGCUGCUGCAUUGGAGCAUCGUCGGCACUGUGAUGAUGACUGCGACGGCCAUGGCGGUUGCAACUCCAGCGCUGCACUGGAGCUUUGCCGGUGCCGAGACGACGACCGCGACGGGCCGGCCAUGGCGUUGCAACUACGACGCUGCAAUGGAGCUUCGCCGAGCUGCUGCCCUCACCCUGUAGAUUUUGCCGCACCGGCGCUACGAUGGAGCUUCGCCAGUGCUGCGACGACAGCAAGCGAUGCUGCAAUGAAGCUUCGCCAGAGCUCCAAUGAAGCUUCGCGGGUGCGUCAAUGAAGCUUCGCCAGAGCUCAUCGGCGAUGCAUCCAAGUUUCUUCGCCACGCUCGGUGUUGCUAUGGAGAAGCACCCGAUGGCUUCGAUGGUGUGAUGCAGCGGUUGCCGACGACUCUUGGAGCUGCGAUGCAGCAGUUGCCGGCGGCUCCAGUGACGCGAGGUCACCGACGCAAGAUCGCCGAUGCAAGGUGCCAGGGGGGUGCUCUCCUGCUUUGCAUCAGGCGGCGUUGCUCUGUAUCAGAAUCAGAUGGAUGGGGAUUAGAGAAGGAAGGCCAAGCCUGUGGUGACUCAAUCAAACGGCCAUCGGUGCAGGAUCGAACGGCUGGCUGGGCGGAUGAUUUCUCUAGGAAAUCAUCCGCCUGAUUUGUAGCAGGCGCUUUAUUAUUAGGGAGAAGAGAUGUACGAAAAAUAUAUAUAUAUGGGACAAAUGUUCGCUUCAUGGUGUUUGAUCGGCUCGGCUGAGGCCGUGAUUGUAACAAGUUUUCGAACACGUUGUACAACGCAGAUGCAUACAUAUACACACAUGCACUCACCUUUACGAACGCACGAGCGAAUGCAGAAAUACUCAGCAAGUACAUCGUGAAAUCAGAAUAACAUUAGUCAGUCAAUGAAAAACAUGGGAACAUCACUUGGAACAGACGACUUCUAUGGAGCCGACGGUGGUGGGACUCAUCUCUCUUCCGCUAGCGAUGUGGGGAGCCCGCGGCGGUGGUUGGGCAGCCGCGCAGCGCUUCUCCGGUGGCGCGUGGGGUGCGGAAGGUGGCCGGCAGUGCGGCUGAUCCGGCGAGCUGCAUGGUCUUUGGCGGGUCGGGCGGUGAGGGAGAUGGGGGACAAGAUCGAACCUCUGUCGCUCCGACACUUCUGGCGGCUGGCUGCAGCGCCCUUCGUCUGCGGUGGUCGCAGUUCGCAGCCCACCAAGCGGUGAUGCCAUGGCGGUGGUCGCAGUUCGCAGUCAAUACGAAAGGACAACCACAAUGGCGUUGCCAUGGUUGGACGUCGCGGUGGUGUGGCCGAUCUGGGUCAAGUGAGCUGCAUCUUUGCAGCAGUUGAGGUGGAGCAGCGGCAUGCGGGCGCCGUCGUCAUGGCUUGGGCAUGCCAUGUUGCGUGGUCUCCUGGCUUGCAUUGACUGCGUACGGAGCUUGUGGUGGUGGAUUUGUUGGCCUUGCAGAGGAGGUGUCGGCAUGGUUCCAAACUUUCCUCCAUGGUCGUCUACUCCGUUUGGCUUGGUUCGUUGCUGAUGAAUGCCAGCAAAGUCUCGGCUCUGUCUCGCAUGUUCGUAGCGGUUAGGCUCCUUCCAAGGGGUCUAUUAACGUGGUGAGGCAUUAGACUCUGGGCGGAAGCUUUGGAUUUGACAAGGGGUCAUUGCCGGCAAUAAGGGCGUGGGUGUCCUUUCACUCCUUGGAGGCAUUGUCGAGGAGCACUUCCCUUAUCACCGGGACAUGUUCGAGCGGUGGUAGUUUGUUGCCAAGAUUCGGCGGGGCUGUCUUGUGUAGUUUUGGGCGAAAGCUUUGUGGUUGACUGGGGUUGGGGUUGGGGUUGGUGCCGGUGACCUUCUUGAAGGUGUUACUGAAGACCUCGCUCAUAAUCGCCCUUGAUGGAGGUCGUGCUUGGUGGUGCUAGUCUGUUUGGUUUCUAGUCAGGUUUUUUCUUCUUCUUUUAUUAUGGUUUUCAUCCUAGUUUUAUUGCACCACUCUGUAUAUUGGAAUACCCUAUAUGACGCUUACUGCAUCAAGUCGUGGGCAAACGCAUAGACCAAACCAGGCAAGCGAUUAACUGGGCCGGCCCGUUUCAUCCCAAUUUUGUGAACCUUAUAGAAGGUUCCUAAGGAAAAUCCUAUUCAACGCGCUCUGCGUCAAACUGUCGGCGAAUCGCAUAGGUGUCGCGACAUAGCGAACGAUUUGGGCCGGCCCAUCUGUAACAUACCUACAGUUUUCAGGUUCCGGUUUUAGGAACCUUAGAGGAUUCCCAGCCGUUUUUACCGGUUUUGGGAAUCUUCGGGAAGGUUCCUGAACCUGUUUUUUAUUUCUUUUUUCUCUCCUGUUUUUUAUUUUUCUUUUUUCUUUUCUUUUCUUUUUUCCUUUUCAAGUUAAUUUCUUUUUUCAACAAAUUUUCAGCAAUUUCAAAUGUCCUAUUUCUUAAAACUUGUUUAUGUUCCAGAUUUUGUACCUAUUUUCGAAUUUUGUUCAGAAAUUUCAAAAAAGUUUUAGUAUUUCAAAAUGUGUUCACUUCAUUUCCAAAUAUGCCAAUAUAUUCAAAAAAAUUUAAAAUUUCUCAAAAUCUUUCCUAUAUUGUUCACAAAUUGAAAAAAUAUCGGAUUUCAGAACAUGUUCCUGCUUUCAAAAAUUGUUUACAAAUUCAAAAAAGUUCAUGUUUUCCAAAAAUUGUUUGUAAAUUCAAUACUGUUAGGGAAAUUUCAUCAAUUGUUCCUGUUUUGAUUAAAUUGUUCAUUUUUAGACGAAACAAAAUUCGCAUUUUUACAAAAAAAUGUUCAUUUUUCCAAAAAACAAUUCAAAAUUCAAAAAUGUUAGGCCAAUUUCAUGAAUUGUUCUUGUUUUCCUAAUUUCAAAAAAUGUUCGAUUUUUUAUAAAAGUGUUGCGAAUGCUUUUGUUCAUUGUUUUCACACCUAUUCAUAAAAUGUUUGGGCAUUAAAAAAAUUGUUCCCAUUUUCAAUAAUUGUUCGCCAACUGCAAAAAAUGUUCACGUUUUCAUUUUUUCCGGAUUUUCAAAAAAUGUGCCAGUUUGAUAAAUUGUUUGCAAGUUUCAAAAAAUGUUUGUGGUUUCAAUGUUUAGGAAUUUCAAAACAUGUCCGCGUCUCCAAAUUUUGUUUUGGAAUUUGGAAAAAUGUUCCCAUUCCAAGAAAUCUUCAUGAUUUUCAAAAAAAUCCUGUUUUUUGAA